AAACGAACAUUAUAAUGGAAAUUUAUGCGCGUAGACAGUUGAAAACACCAACUCCUACAAAACACAAAUCCAAAUCGAAAAAAACACUUCUCCGAAAUCCCCAAAAUGUCCUCACCCACCCGCUCCCCACCAGACUCCGACGCCGACUCCGACACCUCCAGCCCCCCCUCCUCCUCCUCCUCCUCCUCCUCUCUCCGCCACCCCGACCUCUCCUCCGCCAUCUUCCGCUCCUACACCGACCACUCCUCCCCCGACCUCUCCAAGAUCCAAUCCUUCCUAACCUCCUCCCGCUCCGGCGCCCUCUCCUGCCUCAUCUGCCUCGACCCCAUCCGCCCCUCCCACCCCACCUGGUCCUGCCUCUCCGGCUGCCACGCCGUCUUCCACCUCCCCUGCAUCCAGUCCUGGGCCCGCCAGUCCUCCGACCUCUCCUCCUCCCGCGCCGCCUCCCGCCUCCCCAUCUCCGCCUCCAAAGCUGACGAGAUCUCCCUCUGGAGCUGCCCCAAAUGCCGCCUCGACUACCCCAAAACCCUAAUCCCCAGGACCUACCUCUGCUUCUGCGGCAAAUUGGAGAACCCCCCGCACGAUCCCUGGAUCUUGCCCCACUCGUGCGGGGAGAUUUGUAACCGGAGCUUAAAGCGCAAUUGCGGGCAUCACUGUCUCCUUUUGUGCCACCCCGGCCCCUGCCCGUCCUGCCCAAAGCUCGUGAAAUCCCGGUGCUUCUGCGGGGGCCAGGAGGACGUCAGGCGGUGCGGAUUCAAGGAUUUCUCCUGCAAUGGGGUCUGUGGUAAGUUACUGGAUUGCGAGAAACACCGGUGUGGGGAGAUUUGCCACGAGGGUGGGUGCCCGCCUUGUAAGGCUAAGGGUGUUUAUAGGUGCCAAUGUGGGCGGUUGAAGGAGGAGAGGGAGUGUUGUGAUAGGGAUUUCCGUUGUGGGGAUCCGUGCGGGGAAAUGCUCGGGUGCGGGAAACAUUUUUGCGGGAGAGGGUGUCAUGUGGGGGAAUGUGGGGAGUGCCCGCUCCAGGGGAAGCGGGGCUGCCCUUGCGGUAAGAGAGUGUAUGAAGGGAUGGCUUGUGAUGUUUUGGUGCCCCUUUGUGGGGCAACUUGUGGUAAGAUGUUGAGUUGCGGUUAUCACAGGUGCCCAGAGAGGUGUCACCGGGGACCCUGCAUUGAGACGUGCAGAGUUGUGGUUGUCAAGUCAUGCCGGUGUGGGAGCUUGAAGAAAGAGGUUCCUUGUUGUCAAGAUUUGGCCUGUGAGAGGAAGUGCCAGACGUUGCGGGAUUGUGGACGCCAUGCUUGUAAGCGGCGCUGCUGUGAUGGGGACUGUCCACCUUGCUCAGAGGUUUGUGACAGGAGACUUAGGUGUAAGAACCACAAAUGUCCUGCUCCAUGCCACAGAGGUGCAUGUUCUCCUUGCCCAUUGAUGGUGACAAUUUCAUGUGCAUGUGGGGAGACACACUUUGAGGUUCCUUGUGGUAUUGAAAUGGAACAGAAGCCCCCUAAAUGUCCCAAACCAUGUCGUGUAACUCCUUUAUGCAGGCACGGGUCAAAUUGCAAGCCCCACAAAUGCCAUUAUGGAGCUUGCCCCCCAUGUCGGCUAAUCUGUGAAGAAGAAUAUCCUUGCGGUCACAAGUGCAAACUAAGGUGUCAUGGCCCAAAACCUCCAGCUAAUCCAGAAUUCACAUUGAAACCAAAGAAAAAGAAGUCGAAUCAGCACAGUGACUGUACACCUGGCUUGCCAUGUCCCCCUUGCCCUGAACUAGUGUGGAGGCCAUGUGUUGGUGAACACAUGGCAGCAGAGAGGAUGAUGAUUUGCUCGCAUAAAGCAGAAUUUUCAUGCGACAAUUUGUGUGGCAAUCCUCUUCCUUGUGGGAAUCAUUAUUGUACAAAAACUUGUCAUGCCUUGAAGAGGCGGUCUUCAUCAUUGGGUCGGCAUGAAAGAGGCGAAUCCUGUGAAUAUUGUGAUCUUCCUUGCCAAAAGGAGAGACAACCAACAUGUCCACAUCCUUGCCCCCAGCCAUGUCAUCCUGGUGAAUGUCCGCCUUGCAAAGUUUUGAUAAAAAGAUCAUGUCACUGUGGUUCCAUGGUUCAUGUUUUUGAGUGCCUAUACUACAACAGCUUGCCCAAAAAAGAACAGAUUGCUGUUCGUUCUUGUGGAGGGCCUUGCCAUCGAAAAUUACCUUAUUGUACACAUCUAUGCCCGGAGAUAUGUCAUCCUGGUCAAUGCCCUGCACCUGAGAAGUGCUCAAAAAAGGUUACUGUUCGUUGUGGAUGUCAAACCUUGAAAAAGGAAUGGUUGUGUCGAGAUGUUCAAGCAGCCUAUCGGGGUGCUGGAAAUGAUCCUAAAGAUGCAUCUAAAAGUCAAUAUGGAUUGGGACUACUUCCUUGUAAUACUGGUUGCAGGAGUAAAGUACAAGCCGCAGUUACAGAUUUGCAACAACGCAAAUCUCCAGUUUCAGAGAAUAAGGAGCCGGACGCUGAAAAUUAUGUACCCAAACGGAGAAAGAGACGUGAUCAGAUGAAAGAAUCGAUGCAAAUUUCGAAACUGCAGAAAAUCACCACUGCCAUGCGGAGGACUGUUCUAUUUGUGACCCUUCUGUUGGCUCUAGCUGCAGCAAUGUAUUAUGGUUACAAGGGUCUCUUGUGGCUCUCCGAUUGGAUGAAUGAAGCUGAAGUACAAAGACAAAGAAGAAGGAACCCCCGGAUCUGACUAAAUAUCUCAAUAUGCAUACUUCAAAUCAGAAUUGACAUGGAGGUCGGUGCAUUUAACUUUCUUUGCGGGGGCUUGGGCGGUCCCUCUUCCAAUAAAUUAUUGAGAAGAAGCUUGAAACGUUAGUCUGAAUUUUGGAUUUAUUUUUUGAUCACCUAGUCUCCAUUGAAACUUGAAAGCAUUGUAUUUUGACUUCUGUAACAAAUUAAAUAUACCUUCUGGAGUCAUGGAAGAGCGAUCUAAAAAUCGAAAAAAAAGUUCCAUUUGGGACCACUGCAUUUUAGAAGAAAUUGAUGCUUCAACUAUUGAGUUAGUUGGGAUGAUUA